UCGGUGUGAUUCAGAUGCAUGGAUUGCGUUGCCUCCACCCAGCGCUGAUCAGAAUGACAGCAGGUCAGACUGUGAGGACGUACGGUGAUCUGACAGCGUGAGAGAUCAGACACAUACAGACAUCUCUCCAACAGCACUAUGGAUUUCUCUUCUCAUGUUUCUUCUCUGGAGAAGAGGAACGACUCUGAGCUCUGUCUGGUUUUGGUGGGCAGCAUCAGCUGUGGAAAGACCCUCACAGCAGACACACUGUUGGGUCAGAGUUCAACUCAGAGACCCUCAGGUUCUUCACGCGAGUGUCAGGUACGGCGAGGGCUGUCCGAAGGCCGGCGUUUGAGCGUGGUGGAGACCCCUCGCUGGUACUGGAGAGGCGGGCAGGUGGAGGACGACAUUCGGGCGGAGACACGACGGGCCCUCGACCCCAGCAUCCCGGGGCCCCGCGUCUUCCUCAUACUGAUUCCAGUCAACGAGUUCACCGAGAUGGAGCAGCGGAUUCCGGAUCAGCUGGAGCAGAUGUUCGGCCCGUCGGUGCUGAGUCACACGGUGGUGCUGCUCACCUGUGGAGAUUACCUGGGGAGUCGCAGUCUGGAGCAGUACCUGAGUCGGGAGGCGGCGCUUCGGGAGGUGGUGAGGAGGUGUGGCGGCCGCUGUCAUGUGAUCAAUAACCGCAAACCUCAGGACAGGCAGCAGGUUGUCACGCUUCUGGAGGAGGUGGAGCAGAUGAUCCUGAUGAAUGGAGGAUUCAAAGAGAUUCAGGAGCCGGUGAGAGAUCAGAUGCUGGAGAGAAACUGGAGAGGAUUUACAGAUCAACGGACACGAAUCAGUACAGAGGAAACCGAAACCGAUGCCACGAUUGAGACUCGAUUGGUCAAUGGACUUCAUUCACAACAACAACAUUACGAGUUUGAGGAAACAAACUUCAAGCAUUCGGCACUGGAGAGCAGCUCAAGUUUCCAACUCACCAAAGAGGGCGCCAUUCUCAGUAACAUGCUGGAGGUGUCAGAUGAUCAAAACAAUCAGAGCUACGUCAACACCAUUCAUCACAGUUUUGGGAAGGUUUUGAAUGGCAGUGAAACAAUCUCAACUACGUCAACAUCAACCUGGUCCUCCUCUGAUCUUCUGAGCGAUUCUUCACUGCCUGAGCUGAGGAUAGUCCUGUUGGGUCGCCGCGGUUCUGGGAAGAGCGAGGCCGGGAACCUCCUUCUGGGCUGCGAGGUCUUCGAUGCAGACGAAGUCACGGCGACUUCUCAGCAGUGCGUGAAAAGUCGAGCUCUCGUGCAGGACCAUCAGGUGUCUGUGGUCCACACGCCAGACUGGUUCGAUUCAGAGAGAUCUCCUGAGGAGGUGAAAAGCCAGAUCUCCUCUUGCGUGGCUCUGUGUGCCCCGGGCCCUCACGUGUUCCUGCUGUGCAUCCCCGUCAACCGACCCGGAAAUUCCGAGCUGCCGGCCCUGCGUGCGCUGGAGGGCGUGUUCGGCCCCGAUGCUGUUCGACGGCACACCGUCGUCCUCUUCACACGCUCCGAACUGCUGGAGGGAGUCUCGGGUGUAGAAGGGGUGGAGGCGUACAUCGCCUCCAAGCAGCCGGAGAUGCUGGAGCUCGUGCAGAAAUGCGGCGACCGCUACCAUGUGCUGCAGCGCGGGGACAGAGGCGGCUUGACGGAGCUGCUGGAAAAAGUGCGGCAAACGGUGAGAGAGAGCGGAGGCGAUUACUACAGCUGCUCGCUGUACCCUGAGGCUGGCAGCCACGUCCAGCGGAGACAGGAGGAGAUCUCUGCCGCUUGGAGAGAGAGACAGCGAGACAAAGAGGACAGAAAGAACUCGACUUUCUCUCUGCACGCACUGAACGAGGAGGAGGAGGAGGAGCAGCAGCUUGUGGCCGGAGCAGAAAAAAACGUUCGUCUGGACUCCGCGGCGCUCCUCUCCUCUUGCGCUAAACCUCCUUCAGUGCUCCGUUCCAUCUUGGAGACGGCGGGUUCGGGUGCGAAGCGUGUGCCAAAGGAGCUUGCUCUGGGAGCUUUGGUGGGAGCGGUGCUGGGUGUGUUUCUCGCAGGAACUUUAGGAGGCGCUGUGGGAGUAGCGCUGGGUUCUGUAGUCAGUGAAAUCGGAAGGCGCAGAUACGGUAAACAUAAAAUAGAGUAACAGAUAUUGGGUGAAGCAUGAACUGGGUGCUGAUGGUUUUGUCUGGACAGAGAUUUGCUCUCUGAAAUAACUGUGAACUUUUUAGGUCUGUAUGUUCAUCAUGUAUGAUAUAAACAGUGUGUACAGAGGAAAAACUAUACAUUGUAUUUAUCUUAUUGGUCUUGAUAAACUCGAGACAAACAGCCGAAAUGAAAAGAUCAGCCGUGACAUGCAUUUAAAACAUCACACUUAAGUGUUUCAUGCUCCAAUAAAAUUGUGAUGUUAAGCUGUAAUGAUUCACACAGAUAAUGGGCUUCUUUAUAAAAUGCAGCGUAUAAAAUGUCCUAAAUUUGAUCUUAUGAUCAUUUCUCAAAAGUGCGUACAGAAAAAUGAUCUUGAACUUGUGCGCAGCUAAAUAGUUCUAAACGAUGCCUAAUUAAUGUCAUAGACAUAUAAAAGCUCACCUGUCAAUGUUUAAAUCCUUUUCGAGCAGCAAGAAUGGCUUUUAUUUCAAAUAAUCAUCAGCAAUUGGACAAGCAAAAGUGUGUACGUCUGCUCAGACCCUGACGUGGCGCGUAGCACUUUUCCACGUUAAGGACAGUUUUUAUAAAUAUGGACUUUGCUGUGGAUUUUUGUGUAUGCACAGAUUUGAUUGUACAUGUAAAAAAUCCACUGCAAAGUCUUUAUACGCUUUAUAAAUAAGGCCAAUGUGUCUGUAAUAUGUGAAUAUCUAUUUGAAACUUUUGAUGGAUUUUGCACUUGUGUAAUAAUGUUUUCUUCUAACAGCUUUAAUUAAAAAUGUAUUAACCACAAAA